UUACUGAACUCGGGUCCUUAAGAAGGAGUUGUUGUGAGAAAAGAUGAGGUUUAUUUUUAAGAGAAGAAUGCGUAUUAUGGCAGUGUUCUGCUCUUGUGGGGCUUUGGUGUGCUCUGGGGGUAUGGGAAGGGGGAACAAGCAAAGGCUGUGUCUGAGCUUCUCUAUGUCCAUGAAAAACAGCCAUUCCCUUCCUAUCAGCCGCAUAUAACAAGCAUUUCUCGGUGAAGAAAAUAGCCCCAAAGUGGGUGUAUUGGCAAUCGCUCCUUCUCACCAGCCCGGGGCGCUGGAGGAUGUGGGAGGUGUGGGAGGAACUGAGAGCUGUUUCCCAAACCGAGGGAACCACAGCGCUGUGAGUGCGAUGCUGAGCAGCGCUGUGACCCCAGCAGCACCAGCACUGCAUCCACCGUCCAUCCUCACUGCGUGGGGAAGCUCAGCCCAUCGCUGUGCAUCGUUGGAGGUUUCUUCUCACUGCUCCAUAACUCCAGGUCUGCUGUGUCCAGACAAACCAUGCAGCGUGGACCGGAGCACGCAGUGAUGUGUCGGGCCCUUAUUGGGCUCCAUAGAUCCAUCAGUAAAUCAGCAGAGAUACCGACAAGAUGAGGGCAGCUUUACUCCACUCUUGGCUUUUUUCUACCUGAGAUUUCAAGGCUGCCCCAAGCACUGCAGGCAGAGCCCCACGCAGCCCUACCAGCUCACACCAGCAGUCCUCUAUUGGUGCACAUUGCUGGUGACACAGAGCUGAACACAAGGAGGACCCUGUUGCACACAGCCUUUCCUCUAUGCGAGCACUGCAUUAAGGGACAGACAGACAGCUCCUGAGCAAACCCUUGGGAAAACUGCAUGCCAGAAUCCUCAGCUCAGCUCCAUCUCCCCAGCAGUGAGAAGAUCCCCACAUCCCUAACACAGUACACGAGGUCCUCCUUCCUCCUCCUCCACCGCACCCCCCGGUGCCUCCACACCCCUGCAGGACCCCAACAACCGAAGCGAUGCAGCAAUCAGCAUCACCCCCCUCUACUCCACUCCUCCUUUCGGUGGGGUGGGGGUCGGCACAACCGCGCUCAUCAUUCACUGUUAAUUGCCGGGCGCUCGUUAGCUGCCACCGGGCCGAUCCCCGCGUGUUCCCGCAGUGACGUGGGACCCGGACCCCAACCUCCCCCCUCCUCCAUCCUUCCCCCCCCCAGCUCGAAGGCAGAGGAGCAAAAACUAAUUAAGGCUACAAAGGAAACUCGGCGCUCCGCAAGGUUGAAAACCUCCAUUCCAGAGCAGGGGCUGAGCCGAUUAAUUAGCGCUUUUGUCUGCGGCCGAGUUCAACAUGUAGGGAACGAUUUACAUCAAGGGGACGUUCCCUUUGCUGUCGGAGCUCCUCGCAGCCUGCCCGGGGAGAGCUGAGCUGCAGGAAGGAGAACGAAGGAGGGGGGAAAAAGGGACGGGAAUGAAAGGGAAGCGUUCGGCACGUCUCACGGACCGCGUCGAGGAGGAAGGGAAGAUGCUGCAUGCUCGAAGCACCGCAUUGCAGAGGAGAAGGUGUUUUCAUUCAGUGCAUCAUCCGUGGAUUCUCAUCCCCCUUCCAGCGAAAUGUGGCCCCUGAGAUGUGCAGGGGGCUCGAGGAGGGGGGGGGGUGGGACGGCUUUACGUGCAGGCGGCGCCGCUCGCGUGGUCACAGAGGGGAUGGACACACGCGGCCAAUGCCACCCCCGGUGGGACACCGUGUGGGGUGGGAGCAGGACGAAGCCGCCCCGCAUCAGGCUGUUAUCCGCCCUCAACCCCCGCCCGCGCACAGCCCCAUCCCGCAGCAUCCCACCCCCCUCUCCUCCGCCAACGAAACGGGGGAAGAAUGAGCGAUUUCAGCCCCAGCGCUCUCGCGGCCCCGCGCGGCUCCGCCCGGGAGGUGGCAGCACGGGAUCGCGUUCAGUGUCACCCGGCCGGGCCCCCCCUGCACCCUUUGGUGCUGUGGAUGAAUCCCAAAUUCGUGGUGGGGGCACGAGCUUCAUUUCCGAGCGGGUCGGGGGCGGCAGAAGGCUCGGGGGGUGAAUGAGGGGGGGGGGGUUGGAGUUGUGUCCAUAGGGAGCAAAACAAAGCCCCGGAGCUGCUCUGAGCGAUGCCUCUGAGCCCAGAUGUAACUCACUCAUGCCAUGGGGCGCAGCACUGAGAUCCCUUUUCCAGGUGGAUUUGGUGGGAUGGGGCUGGGACACUCCUAUGACCACUCCCAACCCAUGAGCACCAUCACCCCCGGGUUCCCAGCAUCCCUACAGUUUGAAGGGCUCAGCACGGCACAACACAUUCAUCCUUCUCCCCACCAACCAUCCCCCCUGGGCAGGCCCCAGUCCUGGUACAUCCUGGCAGAGCAGCUGACACUUCCGCAGUGAUGCCCAUCCCACUGCCCCCACCACCACUUCCUCACCCAAAAGCUCACCCACGUCCCUCCCUGCGCACACUGAACAGUUCUCCUCCUUCCCCAAUCCUGGCUGCAGCACCACCGCGCUCAGCCCCACAGAUUGGGGGUCUGUAGGAAGGGACCCCCAGGCAUGGCCAGAGCUGGGGCUGUGCUGUUCAGCUGCGUGCUGCUGGUGAUGGCUGGUAAGGGUGCUGCCUUUGGGGUGCUUUGAGGGAUGGAUGGAGGCACCGCUUUCACCGCUGGGGCGGGUGGGGAGUGGAGGGUGAGGGGAUGUCACCAGCACACGUCACCCUGUCCCUCGCAGGUCUGCAGUGCUGCCAUGCCCUCAAGGUGAUGAUAGGGAAGCGGGGAAAGAUGCUGUCCUUCCCGCCGUUGCGCCCCUUUGCUGAGGACAUUGUGAGGAUCCUCUGGAUUUCUGAAACCCACAGAACGCACAUCGCCGAGGCCAAGCCUGGGACAAAGGAGUUUGCAGUGGAUUUCCUGCCUGACUUCCAAGGCCGGCUGAGAAUCCAUCCCCAGUUGCUGUCGCUGGAGAUCAUGGAGCUGCGCAGGGCAGACGCAGGCCUGUACUUUGCAGAGGUGGACAUCGCCUCCAAACCCAGCAGCCCCAGGAAGUUUACCUACCGUGUGUUGGUUCUCGAUGACCCCCCUGGGACAACUGACGGUGACACAGGAGGACACAGCAGGAGCACAACUGGACCAGGAGUGAGCUCUGAGCCGCAUGCUGGGGGGGGGACCACGCCAGACCCGGGCAAGGGGCAGCUCCUGGAUGCUGGGGGGUCUCUGGGGCCAUGUGGGGUGCAGGGUGGGUACUGCACAUUCAGAGGGUAUCUGGUGGCUGCUGUGUUUGGCCCACUGGUGGUGUUGCUGGUGGCUGUGCACGUGGUGACCAGGUGUUGAGACUGGGGGAUGAGCAGGACCCACGCUGGGCUCCAGAGGGACAAGAGUGAGGUCUGAACCCACCCAGCACAGCUCCACUGUUCUCCCAGGAUUGCUGGAUUUACCCAGACAGAAAAAGCCACAUUCACCCCAGUGAAGCCCUAUAAGGGCAUGAGAUGCAUGUCAUCAUCUCUUGCACAAGCCCCAAACCCAGUGACACUGCUUCCUCCCAGAGGCCACACAAACCCCACUGCGUCCCAGCACUCCCAGUCUGGGAUCUCCUCCUUUAUGGGGUCAGCACUGGAUUCGUACCCGCAGCCCCGAAUUCGGUGCGAGGUAACGAUUCAGCAUCUCAUCCAACCUUCCACAGUUUAUAAGAAGUGAAUUAUUUACUGGUGACCCCAACCAAACGCCACGCGGCAUGAAUUAUGGACGGGCAGAUCUGUCAAAAAGUUCUCAUAAAUAAGUGAUCCGGUGCCAUCUUCGUGUUCCCAGAAAAUUACUCAUUCAAUCUCCUGUCUAAACGCUCUCCUGGGAAAACUCAUCACGCCUGCUCUGCUGCUUUAUGAAUCGGGAGUGGGAAGGUAAAGGGCAAUGGGGAGGGAGAGCCCCUUGGGACCCUCCCCCGUAUCCAUGUAAUGUGGGGUGGGGUGGGGGGAGCUGCAGGGGUCACAACUUGGGGACCUGGGGAGCACAGAGCAGCACGGAUCCUGCCCUUCCCUAUGCAUCUCUUCCACUUAUUGGGAGUCAUAUCCUCUCCAGCACUACCAAAGGACCCCUCCAGAUCCACGAGCAGAGCCUCACCACCGCUCCACAGCAACGCCGUGGCACAGAGGGAAAGCCCUAAGGCACAUCCCAUGUUCCCCACCACCCACCCAGCCACCCCCCCGCGUUUGCGUUAAUAAUUGAAUGCCAGUCUGGGGGACAAUGAUUUAUUUAAAGGAAACAGCGUGUUAACAAGAACACAAUCUGAUCCCCCGCCACAGACGUCUGCUUUAUUAGCACCUCUGUCCGAGAGCAGCGCCCCGGAGGCAAACAAACAAACGUGGCAAAUAAAACCCUCGUUUGGAGACACGCUCAGGAAAUUACCAUGUAAAAGGGGGAAGGAAAAAAAAAACAAAAACCCACAAAUACACAAAAAUAGAGGAUGGAGGCACUGCUCCCAUGCUGCUCACAUCAGCGAUGGAGCACUCGAGGUGAGGAAUGUGCAGAGCUGGGAAUGGGGCAGCCCCCCCUUUCCCCUCCCCCAGGGUGAUGAUGCUGGAGGUGAUUUCGGCCAAAUCAACGGAUAAUUGGCCAAACCGUGGAUAUUUUGGCCAAACCAAUGGAUAUUUUGGCCAUAUCACGGAUAUUUUGGCCAUAUCAUGGAUAUUUUGGCCCGAACCCCAGUAUUUUGGCCCCAUCCCCAGCACGCUGGCCAAACCCAUAGCACCUUCCCCCCAUUCCCCGCCCCAGCCUCCAAGCUCUUCUCUUCUUGGCACUGGGGAAGCCGUUGCUGCGCCGUUUGCUGGUGGGGAAACGGAGGCACCGAGCAGCAAAGCGGCCGAAUCCCGAGGACGCCCCGCUGAGCUCUUUAUCCCCGUGCCUCUUCCCGGUUGUGAAAUUCUUUUUCCAUCAGCCAAGCAGUCCAGAAGUUAUUGGCAGAGAGCGGGAGCACGAGCUCAUGAGCUGCAUCUCCUCGGGAAAGCGGCUCCUGCAGCGCUCUGCAAAUCACCGUGCGCCGAGCGGGCGGCAGCGGGCGAGCAGCACCCACCGCGCCCCCUCCUUCCCCCCCCCGGGGCCGUUAAUUACCGUGGAAUAGGGGUCACAGCGGCGGGAGCACAGGCAAAGAGCUCCCACGUAAUUGCUUUACAAGAAAUAAUAAUCGUAAAGAGAGCAGCCGCCGCUCUGCAGACUCGGCAGCCCGGUGUGGCUGCGGAGGGAAAUCCACCUCCUUUCCGCGCCGAGGUGCUUUGCAGAGCUCGCAAAUUAUUUCUCCAUCCCGGCGAACAGAAAGCAAAACCCAUUUCCUUGGAGCACGGUGGGCGCAGGGAGAGGAACGCAGCCCCCCAAGGCCUCCAACCGAGGGGACGGCGGGGACCCCACGGUGUCACCAAGCGCUGCGCCCGUGCGGACCGGCCAAAUCCCCGACGAGCCGCCUAACGAGCUCUUCGUUAGCCAUUCCGCUCCAGCGCGCAGCUCGUAAUGAGCAAAGGCGAGCGGCUGCCUCCAAAUGGGCUCUGGAAGCCGCUCGCAGACAUUAGGCUCUGUAUAAAUAUCGUUAUGAUUGUUAUUAUUAUUGGCACAGAUGGGCUUUCAUGGACCGCCGCGCACCGCGGGAGUUCCUGUUCUGCCUCCGGCGAUCGGCGAGGGGGAGAAAACAAAUUGCUGAUGCCAACUCCACGCGGGGCGCGGGGGUGCUGAGAGCCCGGCCCCCAGCUGGGGGGGUGAUGGUGACCCCGAGGUCAAUGGGGGGCACGUGAAGCACGAGGACGGGCUCGCAGGCUCAGCCCACCCCAUCCCGAUGGGGGCCGGGAAUCCUCCCCCCCCGUCUGCCACUUGUUGGUCCCAGCGCUGUCCCCAUCCCCGCUGCUGGCAGCUCCUCCGCUGCGCUCCAUCAGCACAUUCCUCUCCUCUCCCCCCUGACCUCUCGCCCUUUCCUUUGCGCUCCACGAACUCCCGCACGUUUCCUCCUCCCCC